AUGUGGACAACAAGGCUUCUCUCGCUGCUGCUUCUCUCGCUUGCGAGCAAGGGUUGCCUCGGUCAAUCGUCGGCCGCAAUCCGUGGCAGCGUCACCCAAGCAGAGCUCGACACCUUCAAGCUCUAUGCAGACUACACGGCCGCCGCCUACUGCAACAAGUCGCCCGACCGCGUGUCCCAAAAGAUUGUCUGCGGCUCCGAUGCCUGCCCCCUGAUCGAGGCCCACGAAACAACCAUCGUCGCGACUUUGGCCGACGACGGUGACAGGGCGGGCGGGUACGUCGCUCUGGAUAGCACGGCAGAGAGGAUUGUGGUCGCCUUUCACGGCACCAUAACUUUUGCUGGCUACAUGGCAGAUUUUAAUGCGUUGCUCCAAGAUGAUGACCUUUGCCAGGGAUGCCAGAUCCAUGCAGGUUUCAGAUCUAUUUGGGCUGCCGUUGGCGAUGUCGUGAUGGAAACGGUCGAAAAGCUGCACAGCGAGUACCCCGAUUAUUCCAUCGUCACCACCGGGCACAGCAUGGGCGCGGCGCUCGCCACCCUCGCCGGCGCCAAUCUGCGGCAAAAGAUUCCAGAAAAGGUGAUCGACGUCUACUCUCUAGGAUCCCCCCGCGUCGGCAACCAGGCGUUCGCAGAGUACGUCAGCGCACAGCCCGGCAGCGUCUUCCGCAUCACCCAUGUCAACGACCCAGUCCCCCGGCUGCCCCCCAAUUUGAUGGGCUACUACCACACCGACGUCGAGUACUGGCUCUCGACGGGCGGCGCGCUGACCACCGACUACACGCCCAACGACGUCCUGGUCUGCAAGGGCAUCUUUAACAGGAACUGCAAUACCAAGAGUGACUUUUUCGGCUUUGGCUUCGCCGCGCACGUCAAUUACCUGACGAGGAUAGGGGCCUGUAAACCGUGA